AUGGAUGAACAAGUUACGGAUCGCAGCAUGCCCACCAAAGGCGAUGAUAAAUCGGUAGAAACACCAGCAUCUCAGAUAAAUGCUUCUGCCGAUAGUUCUGUCUGCGGUGAGCUACGAGAGCCUUCGAUCCCACCAGUUCGCUUCUGGACCUUGUCUGUUGGAGUCUUUCUAGGUCUAUUCCUGUCUAUGAUAGACACAUCUAUCGUUGCUACCAGCCUUCACAGCAUCGGUGUUGACUUUCAAGUCCUCCAGGAUGUCAACUGGGUCGCCCUUGCCUACACCCUUGCUUAUCUAGGAUGUGCCAUCGUCUUUGCUCGCAUAUCCGACAUUGUUGGACGUCGUGAUGCUUUCAUUGCAGCCUACAUAAUAUUCUUUGUGUUCUCUCUGGCGUGUGGUUUCGCUCAGACCCUCAAUCAACUCAUUGCCUUUCGUGCUUUGCAGGGUGUUGGCGGCUCAGGGCUGUACGCUCUUACGAUGAUCAUGAUGCCAGAGUUGAGUCCAGACAACCUCAAGCAGCACAUGGCAGCUAUGGUUGGUUUGGUCAUUACCGUCUCAGGCGUCCUUGGACCUGUACUUGGUGGUAUCUUGACACAUUACUCUUCCUGGAGGUGGGUGUUUUGGAUCAAUGGACCGGUUGGAUUCGUAUCUCUUGCAAUUUUCGUUUUCGCCUGGCCCAAGGCUGGAUACCUGCCACCCCAACAAAGACGUGCUUGGAAGGAACUUGACUUGUUAGGAUCGUUGCUUGCUAUCGCUGCCGCAGUUCUCAUUGUCUUCUCUUUUCAGAAUGCUGGGACCGAACCAUCCAAUCGAGGAUGGAACACCGCCAUUUUCAUUGCCCCCCUGAUCUGUGGUUUGUUCGCUUGCGGUUUGUUGGUGUCAUGGCAGAUCUUUAUUCAACAUCGCUGGUACGAUCGAUUUGCACCGGCCUUCCCAGUUAAUAUCUUUCGAAGCAGGGUCUACUCCACUGCUGUCAUCAACACACUUCUCAACGGGUUCCCCUACCUACUGCUCAUCUAUGCGAUCCCGUUGCGCUUUCAAGUCGUCAGCGGCAAGUCAGCCCUUGUUGCAGGCGUCAUGUUGCUUCCCAUGCUGGGGUCCUCCGCCAUCGGCAGCAUAGUAGCAGGCAAGAUCAACAACACAAAGAACUACACUUUUGAGUCACUGCUGAUUGGAUCAUGUUUCAUGACACUGGGUUGCGGUUUGCUUGUUUCGCUGUCACAUGAGGCGGAAGAUGCUAAGCUGCUGGGCUAUAUGACGUUCUGCGGUCUUGGUUUCGGCUUAACUGUCGCUUCGUCGACCAUGUUGUCGAUGGUUGAAGUGCCCAUUCGGGACUAUGCCCCUGCCCAAGGAAUUCUGUCCCAGGUGCGACUCUUGGGUGGCAGCCUGGGCAUAGCGACCUCGUCGGCUCUACUCAAUGAGAAGAGUUCACAAUACCUCGCUGGCAUUCUGACUCCCCACGAGCAAGCGACAAUCGGCAGCUCUGAAACCCCACUUUCCAACUCACAGUGGUCGGCUGUUCGUUAUACCUACGCUGACGCAUUCAAGAUAGAAAUGAAGGUAGCAACUGCCGUUGCAGCUUGUUCUGUCAUUUCCGCAUUUGGUGCGUUCCGCAAGCAGCGUCUCUUGAUAGCAGAACAGCGAGCUGCGGUUGUGGCAGAAGAGGCUACUCGCUGUCGCGGUCAAGGUAGAUAA